AUGCCUUUAUAUAUGCACGCAGAACCCACUUUUGUACUUAAUGGUGAUGUGUGGACAGUCGCUAAUCAAAAAAAUACCACUAUCGACCUUGCUCGCGUCACACGCACGCAGUCUGUUCAGGUCUGUGAAUGCUCCGAUGUGAAGCUAGUCAUACCUACCAAGAUUGUGUCACUGUCACUUGUAUCUUGUAACAAAGUCGAGGUUGAGAUGGAUUCUUCUAUUUCUGGUAUGGAGUUGACCAAUUGCCAUGGUGUAAUGGUUCGCGUUGCAACCAGCCUUCCAUCAGCAGCCAUCGACAAGUGCCAACAGAUAGCAUUUUGGAUCACCGCUGCUAAUGCUGAGACUAUAAUGUUCACGUCAUGCAAAUCCGGUGAUAUGAAUGUAAACAUCAACCGUAAUGCCACCGGUAACGUUGACGAAGACGACUGGAUCGAACGUCCUAUACCCGAGCAUUUCGAACACCGCUUCAACGCUAAACUUACACUCGACAGCAAACCUUCAAUGCUCUACUAA